UCCCCUCAUCAGAAAAAAAAGGGCAGAGAACAUCCACAGCUGAACCCAACCCGCCGCCGCCGUGAUGGGUACGUCAGCGUCGUCGUUCCUGGACCGACGCGACGCUCGCCGCCGCGGCUACGAACCGAUCCCCCGGCACGACGAGGACGAGAAAGGGAUGCCGAUCGCUUACGAGGAGCAGAAGGACAUACUAGAACAGAUGUCGAUCCCUCGGCGCGACGACGAUCGAUCUCAGCCGCAGCAGCAGCAGGAGGAGGACAUAAUACUCUUCGAGGAGGAGAGGCAAGGGCCGGCGGCCCUGGAGGCGCGCGCGCGCGUGCUGAGGGGCAGGGCCUUCCGGCAAGGGACCGUGUUCCGGACCUGGCAGGACCUCAAGGACUCGGCCCUCUGCUACCUCAUCGCCUUAAACUGCUGAUCUGAUGCAUAAAUGCUUCAUCGCGUUGUCUUGGUGCAUAAAUCUGUACGGCCACCGCGUUGCUGCGCUCUGCUAAAUGCUUCAUCGAGAUCGAACACAAACGUACGUGUAUCUAUCAAUAUGUAGGCCGUGAUUCCGAUCGAAGUAACGUGUGCCUAUCCAUGAUUCUGGUUAUUAUCCAUCCAUGUGUUGUCUUGGUGCGUGCAGCCAAGUACGAGGUAGAGUACGUGGAGCAGGCGCUGGAGGAGGCGACGACGCUGUUCGCCAGGACCGGCGACCUGCAGCUGGCCGCCACCAGCUGCCUGGAGUUAGCCGAGUUCUACAUGGACCAGCAGGACCUGCGGGGCGCGCUUCGCACCUUCCGGCGUGCCGCGGGCUACUGCGGCUACAAGCACCGGAACUGCGGGCACAAGGCCGACGUGGUCGGCUCUCUGCUGCGCGACGAGGAAGCGCUCCGCCGCUGGGGGGUGCUGCCCCUCUCGAGGACUACAAGAGGAGGUCCGCCGGGUACAUCCGGUCGUCGGACCCAGACUGGCGCUCCAAAGUGUGCGACCUGUUCCUUUCAACGACUCCGCCGGUGGAUAUCCCAGAGUCUCUGUGACGGUUGACUGAUCGAAGAUAGAUAGCCCAGGGGUGUUUGUUUCCAGGGACUUUUUGGUGUAAGGACUAGAAAAAGUCCCUAGCAAACCAAACAGGGUGGGACUUUUUUGAAACUUUUUACUAAAAGUCCUUAGAAGCACCUUCUUGAGAGUCUUUUUCAAAAAGUUUCAGGGACUAGAAAAAGUCUUAGGACUAGAGAAACAAACACCACCUUAGUAGUGCAAAUUGUAUUGUGCAAAGCAAAGCUUGUACUAGUGCAAUGCAAGCUUGGAGUUUGCAUGCUCUUUUCUUAUUGCGAUUGCGCUUGCAAUGUACGUGUUCGCGUACAAACGCCGGUGUAAAUAUAUUAUUUUUCAUCAUAUAUAAGU